UUGCCCUCCCACUCCCUAAAUCUUUUGCUUGUUUCCAUUAUCCCCCAAGCCAUUUCAGCCAGCAGCCUGCUCUCCCUUUAUCCCUCUGUAGUCAACUCAAGGCACUUCUAUAUAAGCAGGACUAGAGAUGCCCUAAGUUACACCCAGCUCAGUCAGAUUUGCUGCUGAUAGGUCUAUGGGUGGUGAUCCUUCUGCUCAGCUAUUGAUCUCAGUGCAUUUGACACCUUUCUAGUACCAAGACCUAUCUGACAAUAGCGAUUAAUUCAAUCCUAACAUUACGUUGCUUCAUAGUGUGGGAAUUGUGCAGCAGUGCAUAAUGCAGCAAUCAUCAUGUAAUGUUGUAGAUUCAUUAAGCCCAAAUGCUCUCUAUGUGUUGAGGUAAGUGAGCAGGUAAGUCUACAGAAGAAUGUUUGAGGUUCAGAAGGAAUUUUCCAUCAGGUCAGAUUUAAGGUGCACCUAUAUUAGUUUUGUUCUUAUUUCUGUACUGUGUGGCUUGGCUAACUGAAACAAGUCACCUGAAGCUAUUUUCCAUAGGAGGUGGGCCAUCACUGUGGGAAAUAGUUCCACCUAUCGUGCGAAGGCAAGAAUGUUUUUGAAGUCAAACCUAGGGACGUCAUGCCCCUCCCGCUCCCCAGUUCAUUCUUGCCUUCGUACGAACAAGAUUGGAAUUUCACGUAGCAUUUAGCUAAGUCUCGUAUUUGUUUGUCUAUUUCUCUUUAAAGCCUUUUUUCCGUUUUUGUUCCUAGCCUACUGAGGAUCCCCUCAGAGACCGCGACUGCGGCUCUCUUCCCCCUUUCCUCAGAGCUAUUUAAUUUCUUUUUUUUUCCUUGACUGGGGGCUCCCUCUGAGACCGCGGCUGCGGCUCUCUUUGUUUUGGCAGUUUCAAGCCUCCUCCCCCCCCGGCUCUGUCGUAUCCAUAGCCAGGGGGCUCCCUCAGUGACCGCGGCUGCGGUUCUCUUUUUUGAUCGCUUUUGAUCUCCCUCCCUGAUCGUUCCCGCGGCUGCAGCUGAUCCGAUCUUAGCGGGAGCUUGUAGCUGCGGCUCCCGCCGUUACUCCCUUGCCUCAGAUCGCCCUCGCUACGUGGCUUAAAUCCCACUGCGAAGGGCUUUACAGACGGCGGCUCUCUCUGCGGCGGCUGCCGUUUUUCCCCUACCUGCUUCUUCCGGGGUUUUUCUAGCGCCGCUACUGCGGUUUUCGGUGAGACCGUGCUGGGCAGCCCUUCCCCCAGUUCGCUUCUGACGGCCGCCAUUGCUCCUUCUCCCUCAGCCCUUUUUUGAUCGUUUUUUCCCGCCCUUUUUUCCGGGCGCCAUUUUUUGAAAUUCAAAAUUCCCGCCUUUUUUGUUACCAUUUAUUAAGCAUCGGAUACCUCCCCUGCAGGCUAUCUAUCUGUAUGUUUAUGUAUAUGUGCUGCUGACAAACUUACACAAGGCUGAUUUACACACAUUUUUACUGUGGCUGUAAUCCUAGUGGCCGAAUUAUAUUAUCAAGGCUGGAGCUCCAAUCCUAGUGGGCUGGAUUAUAUUAUCAAGGCUGGAGCUCCAAUCCUAGUGGGCUGGAUUACAUUAUCAAGGCUGGAGCUUUAAUCCUAGUGGCUGGAUUACAUUAUCAAGGCUGGAGCUUUAAUAUCAGUGGCUGACUUGUAUUAAAUCUGAUUUACAUUGUAUAUCCUGCCCCCUCUGGGGCCGUGAACAAGCCAAAAACCCAGCCUACAGCACUAAUCUGAGUGUGCCAACUCUAAAACAGCCUAUAUUAUAUUAACGCUGAUACCUCAGUGCAUUCUGCCCCCUCUGUGGCAGUGCAUUUCGCCAUCUGCCAGUGUAUCCUACCCCCUCCGUGGUAGUACACUGUGCCAGUUCGGGUCUUUACAUUCUGCCCCCUCCGUGGCAGUGUACUGCACCCAGGUUUAUAUAAGAUGGUAGAACAGCCAGGCAUGUCACCAUCAACACACAUGGUGCCAGAUCAGCCAGACAUGCCACAAUCAGCCAAGCCACAACAUCCUAACACGUCUAAGACCAGACAUGCCAAAGCACUGGCUAAGACAAAACAUCUUUCCAGCCAUAGUAAACCAAAGCGCCCUCGUUAUGUCUCUGUGCCAACCACUGCCACAGCACAGACACACAUAAGUGACAUUUUCCAUUCUCCUACUACUGCCUCUGACGAGGAAGAGUUUGUUGGCUUUCCCGCUCACUGUUCGCCUAACGAACCUACCUCUGGCUUACCGCCUCAGACAUCUGUUCCAACAGUUCACCAGGCACAUACAUCUCCCACAUCUGGUCUGCAGCCGUCUCCUGAUUUCCUCUCCCAACUCCAAGCCAUGCUGGCUUUUUUCACACGAAUGCAGUCACUACCACAAGUUCCUGCCAUACCCCCACUCAACAUGGACCAACGUGCGUGCCAUGAAGCUCAUCCUUCCUGCUCACCAGAUCCCUUUGAUGUAGCCAGAGGCAGAUGUACGGACGAAGCCUCGUAUGCGGAGGAGUCAACUUUCACUGACCAUGUUGAAGGAGACGACUGGAGCGACUAUUCAGAUCAUGAGGAGGAUACCUCGUAUCUCUUGUUCAAUACCUCAGAUUAUCAACCGCUAGCACGUAGGGUACUUCAUACCCUUGGUCUCCAGACUGCGCCUUCAACUUCGUCCGCCCCAGCUAUCAAAGGAGCCAAGGUCCUCAAAUCCCCUGCACCUACUGAACACUACAUUCCGGUGCCGGACCCAAUUGCCAAAUUGGCCUCCGAAGAAUGGGCUCGUUCACUCAAAGCCCGACGCUUCAAGAACCUGGCUGACAGAUUGUACGCCUUAGCCCCAGACUUUGCCACCAAGUUAGAUGUCCCUGGCAUAGAUGAACCAAUCGCUCGCCUCGUUUCAAGAUCUCUUUUGCCCAGGGAAGGGGAAUCCCACCUAAAAGAUACUACUGAGCGACGAAUUGACUUCGCCCUCCGCAAGAAUCACGAGGCCACUGCCUUAGCCAUGCGUGCCUCCGCUUCAGCCUCCAUAUUCUCCAGAGCCUCUAUGAUGUGGAUGGAUGACCUUCUAGAGGAUGCUAACCCUGAUCCUGUUGCAUUCAGAAGAACACUAUCGAAAUUACCUAAGACAGCAGCUUUUGUGGCCGAUGCCACUUUGGAUGCCACUCAAUUAGGGGCACGAGCCAUGACGACUCAAAUAGUCGCUCGUCGCACCCUCUGGCUUCGCCACUGGCAAGCUGAUUCAGCGGCCAGACUGAACCUGGCCAAGGCUCCUUACUCCGGAUCUCUACUCUUCGGUGAGGAAGCUCUAAAGGCAGUUCUGGUUGAUCCAAAAGACGCCCAAAAACCGGUUCUGGCCACAGUCAAGAACAUCGACCACAGGCCCUUCAGGCGAUUUCCCUCCUUUCGUUCUAACCAGUCCUUUCGAGGAACGCGGCCAGGAGGACGAGGCCGCGACUUCAGACCCUAUGACCCCAACGCAUUCAGGGGCUCCUGGAACCGAUGCUUCCAGGGCAGAGACCUACGGCUGGCUUGUCAACUUCGACAAAAGCCAUCUCCAACCAACCCAACGCCUACUACACCUUGGGGCAAUGUUGGACACCCUGCAGGCAAUGGUCUUCCUGGCUCCAGAUCGCAUCACUGCCAUCACAAGCAUCGCAAGGUCCCUGAUGCAACAAACAUCCGCAGACGUCAUGCUUCUCGCCAGAGCGCUCGGGAUGUUUAUCUCCACAAUCCACAUUGUGCCCUGGGCUCGAGCCCACACUCGGCCCCUUCAGUGGACUCUGUUGCCUUUUCAAAAAGACAUUGCCAGCUCCAACCAUCGCAAAGUUCAUUUGAGCCCCGCUCUGCGCCUCUCCUUCCGCUGGUGGACCAAGGUUCAACACCUCUCCAAGGGCACGUCGUUCAGAGAACCCCGCAGAACCGUCAUGACCACAGACGCCAGCCUCAUAGGUUGGGGAGCCCACUGCAACUCCCAGUACGUUCAGGGGGUUUGGCCCAACGCAGAGCAAUCUCGAAGCAUCAACUGGCUGGAACUAAAGGCUGUCCACUUGGCUCUAUGUCAUUUUCAGUCUCUGUUCCCUUUGCAUCAUGUGCUCAUUCGAACAGACAACACGUGUGUAAAAUCACAUUUGAACAGACAGGGGGGCACCAGGUCUCGUCCUCUGCAGGACUUAGCCUCCCUCAUCUUUGCCUGGGCAGAACAACAUCUACAAUCCCUGAAAGCAGAGCACCUCAGAGGGAUUUGGAAUGUGACAGCAGACUGGCUCAGCAGACAACAGGUCUUCCCGGGAGAAUGGAAACUUCAUCCAGCCAUUUUCCAUCGUCUCCAGUGUCGGUUCGGCGCCCUCUCAGUCGACCUGUUUGCUUCCAGUCACAAUUGUCAGCUUCCAAGGUACUUUGCCCGAUACCUGGACUCAACAGCAGAAGCAGUGGAUGCUCUGACAACACCGUGGCCAGACGGUCUAUUGUACGCCUUUCCUCCCAUACCUUUGUUAGCCAAAACCUUGAGGAAGGCGCGAACCGAAAGGGCACAGCUGGUUCUGAUAGCACCAUUUUGGCCACGCCGACCGUGGUUCUCAGAUCUUCUGGCAAUGUCAAUGAUGGAUCCUUGGACACUUCCAGUAACGCCAGACCUCCUAUCCCAGGGUCCAGUACUGCACCAGGACCCUACUUGGCUCAAUCUAACAGCGUGGCGUUUGAACGGAGACACUUGAGGUCAGCUGGACUGUCUGACGCUGUGAUUGAUAUUAUUUUGGCCUCGAGAAGACCAUCUACCACCCGUAUUUAUCAACAUACCUGGGUGGCUUUCUCCAAGUGGUGUCACUCCCACCACCACGAUCCAUCCCAGGCCACUGUGCACCAGGUGCUCCAAUUUCUCCAUAGUGGCUUUAUGAUGGGACUUCGACCCAACACUCUACGUCGACAUGCGUCUACUCUGUCAUCCAUUCUCUCAGUGUCCUCCCCUGGAGAUCAUAUUUCCUCACAUCCGUUCAUCAAACGUUUUUUGAGGGGAGUCGCCCUCCGCUCUCCGGCUGUCGUCCAUCGGUUCCCCUCAUGGAGUUUGCCAAAAGUUCUGCAGGCUUUGCAACGCCCUCCAUUUGAACCCAUCAGGACUGUGCCCCUACGUAUACUGUCCUUCAAGGUCCUGUUUCUGAUCGCAAUCACAUCUGCCAGACGCGUUUCGGAGUUGGGCGCAUUGUCUUCUGCUAGACACCUCUGCGUCUUCCAUAAGGACUCUGUUGUGCUGAAGACUGACCCUUCCUUUCGUCCCAAGGUCGAUUCAGUUUUUCAUUGCAACCAGGACAUUGUCUUGCCUUCCUUUUGCCCGGAUCCUACACAUCCUCUUGAAAAGGCUUGGCAUUCGUUAGAUGUUCGGAGGGCUCUCAAGACCUACCUGUCUAGGACCCAAGAGAUUCGACGAACGGAGUCUCUGUUUGUAUCCUUUCAUCCAAGGUCUAUGGGGCAUAAAGUAUCCAAUUCUACCUUAUCCCGUUGGUUAAGGGCAUGCAUUACUUUAGCAUAUGAGUCCCUGAAGCUGUCAGUUCCAGCUAGUAUAACGGCUCAUUCUACCAGGUCAGCCGCCACCUCGGCUGCUUUUGCCACUAAUGCUCCUGUUGCCGAUAUUUGUAGGGCUGCAGUCUGGUCUACCCCACACUCGUUUAUAAGGCAUUAUAAAAUUGAUCGUUAUGCCUCUGCUGAUGCAUCUUUUGGCAGACAAGUGUUGCAACAGGUUCUUAAUGAGGAUUAACAUGUGGGUGGUCCCUCCCUAUAUGGGUUGCUUUGGUACAUCCCACAGUGAUGGCCCACCUCCUAUGGAAAAUGUACCAUUGGUCUCACCUGAAAGGUGAUUUUCAUAGGAGUGGGCCAUCACGACCCUCCCAGUUGGAGGAUGACUAGAGAUUUUAUCAAUGGGUUACAUGUUAUUGUUACGCUAUUAUAUUUAAAUGUAAGAGUGAAGUCAAGACCUUUAGCUCUGUUAUGUUAUGUAGUUACGUUAGAGUCAUGUUGUUAUGCAUGUGACUAUUAUGCUAUUUUCCUGGCGGGCCUGUUGGCCUUGUUCUUGUAUUUUUAGAUAUCUCUUUUCAGACUCGCUACGAAUGAACUGGAGAGUGGGAGGGGCAUGACGUCCCUAGUCUUGACUUCAAAAACAUUCUUGCCUUUGCACGAUAGGUGGAACUAUUUCCCACAGUGAUGGCCCACUCCUAUGAAAAUCACCUUUCAGGUGAGACCAAUGGUACAUUUGUUCUGACAGUACCUACGAUGCACCUCAUUGCUCUUGCUUUCCGACUGUGGUACAUUGUGAUCUACUGUGUAUACUGGGUGAAUAGAUCAUCCUGCUCCUAUCAAGAUGUUGGAUUAUGUAGACCUUUGGUUUUUUGUGAACACGAAUUUGCCACAUAUUGAAUCAGACUGUUGGUUCAUAUAGCCCAGUGUUGUGUACAGUAGGGCCCUGCUUUUCAGCAGCCCUCUAAUACGACGGCUUUCAAUUAGAGUAAGGCUUCACUCAUACGGCGCUUGUUCCACUUUUACGGCGUUUUUCAGGCGUCGGGCACCUGCUUUUCAGCAGGUUUUGCUUUUAGGUGGAGGUCUGGAACGUAACCCGCCGUAUGAGUGGGGCCCUACUGUACUCUGACUGGGUUCAGCUUGCCAAGACCUCAAGUAACGUCUUUUCCAACCCAGCUACUUGAAAUAUCAGAAACUAAAUCUGGGCCCUUCUCAUAGUAUGUGGUCUACCUCUGUAGCUACCCCCUUGUGGCCUGUGUGAUGCUAAUCAUAGGGUGCUUGAGAAUUCAGACUUGGGCCAUUUCAUGCAGAAAUGAGCUAUAUCUGGACAGGAAUCCCAUCAGCUACAGACUGCCCUACUGAGUACAAAGUACAUUCCAGUUCAGCACAAAUAUAUCCUGUUCUUCCCUUUUAGCUUCCCUUUAAAGCCCACACCCAAAUUCUAAUGGCUUUGGGUCAGGCUGCUGACAGUAAUACUACUUCAUUGGUU